AUGCAUGACAGCAGCUCCAUUUUUGUUUUUGUUUUCAGGUGGUUCCACCCUAACGUCACUGGAAUCGAAGCAGAGCAACUCCUGUUAACCCGGGGUGUCCACGGCAGUUUCCUGGCCCGACCUAGCAAGAGCAAUCCGGGGGAUUUCACGCUUUCAGUCAGGCGUAACGAUGAGGUGACACACAUCAAGAUCCAGAACUCCGGAGACUACUAUGACCUGUACGGGGGCGAAAAGUUUGCCACACUGGCCGAGCUGGUGCAGUACUACACUGAACAACAAGACCUGCUUCGUGAGAGAAACGGCCAUGUCAUCGAGCUCAAAUACCCACUCAACUGCAAAGACCCCACGUCUGAGAGGUGGUACCACGGCCACCUGUCUGGCCGAGACGCUGAGAAACUGCUCACAGAAAAAGGCAAGACUGGAAGCUUCCUGGUUCGAGAGAGCCAGAGCAAACCGGGCGACUUUGUCCUCUCGGUUCUCACGCACGAGGACAAGCACGAGAACGUCGACCGCAAGACAAAGGUCACCCAUGUGAUGAUCCGAUAUCAGGAUGGUAAAUACGACGUAGGUGGUGGUGAGAGGUUCGACACACUGGCGGACCUGGUUGAUCACUACAAAAAGAACCCUAUGGUGGAGAAGAGUGGCAUCGUAGUGCACCUCAAACAGCCCUUCAACGCAACACGGAUAAAUGCAGCCAACAUUGAGAAUCGAGUACGAGAGCUCAACAAGGUAGCAGACAAUUCAGAGAAGCCCAAACAAGGAUUUUGGGAAGAAUUUGAGGUACUGCAACAACAAGAGUGCAAGCUGCUGUAUCCCCGGAAGGAAGGCAUGAAACCAGAAAACAAGAGUAAAAACAGAUACAAGAAUAUCCUCCCCUUCGAUACGACUCGGGUUGAAAUUCGAGACAUGGAUCCGGAUGUUCCUGGUUCAGACUACAUUAACGCCAACUACAUUAGAGGCUCACAGGACGAUGGGCGCCAGUUGGAGGAUGACAAAUUCUUCAUUGCCACCCAAGGGUGCCUACAGAAUACAGUUAGCGACUUCUGGAAGAUGGUGCAUCAGGAAAAUACGCACGUCAUUGUCAUGACUACAAAGGAGAUGGAGAGAGGACGGAACAAAUGUGUGCGUUACUGGCCCAACCUUCACGCCACUGUAGAGUUUGGAAGAGUCCUGGUGAGAAACGUGGAUGAGCGACCAGCUCAGGACUACAUCCUGAGGAAGUUGGAAGUGACCCGUCUGGACCGGAGGGAACCACUGAGAUACAUCUGGCACUACCAGUACCUGAGUUGGCCAGACCAUGGAGUUCCCAACGAGCCAGGUGGGGUCCUGUGGUUUCUUGAGGAGAUUAACCGGACCCAGAGGACCAUUCCAGAAUCGGGACCCAUUGUUGUCCACUGCAGUGCUGGGAUUGGGAGGACUGGCACCAUUAUUGUUAUUGACAUCCUCAUUGAUAUUAUAAAUCGCCAAGGACUUGACUGUGAUAUUGACAUCCCGAAAACAAUACAGAGGGUACGGCAACAGAGGUCUGGCAUGGUGCAGACAGAGGCCCAGUACAAGUUUAUCUACAUGGCCGUGCAGCAGUACAUAGACACUGCCCAAAAGAGACUAGAGGAAGAGCAGAAGAGUAAAAUGAAGGAGAGAGAGUACUCUAAUAUCAAGUAUCCCCCAAUGGCCAACUCAAGGUCCAAACUCAACAUGGCAUCAUCACGCUCGUCAUCUGUCAUGACAAAUGAUGAUUCGUCAAGUGUGUACGAGAACAUCAACUUUAAAAGCCCGCAGACCUCUUUCAGCAGUAACACCAGGAGGUAA